AUGAGUGUAGCUUUGCUCUCCAAAAAUAAGAUUGGAUUCAUUGACGGCUCACUUGUGGCUCCUCCAACUGAUGAUGUAACCUACUCUCAAUGGCAGAGGUGUAAUACAAUGGUGAUGGCUUGGAUCCACAAAUCCAUUUGUGAAUCAAUUGCGAAAUCGAUCUUGUGGAUUGAAAGCGCUCGUGAUGCAUGGAUUGACUUGCGUGAUCAAUUUGCACAAUGUGAUAUUUUCCGUAUUUCUGAUCUUCAAGAGGAGAUCUACAAAAUUCAUCAAGGGGAACGAAGUGUGACAGAAUUUUUUACUCAGAUGAAAAUGUUAUGGGAUGAGUUAGAGAAUCUGAAAUCUCUCCUUUCUUGUGAAUGCCUUCCUUCAUGCACUUGUGGAGCAAAGACAAAAAUGCGAUCAUACCGAGAUAGAGAUCAUGUCAUACGAUUUCUUAAAGGUCUUAAUGAUCAAUAUGCAGCUAUAAGAUCUCAGAUAAUGAUGAUAGAUCCUUUUCCAAAUGUAAACAAAGUUUUCUCUAUGGUGGUGCAACAAGAGAGACAAUUCAGAUCUGGUACUAGUGAUGAAACUAUUUCCCAACCUUUUGUUGCCUUCAAUAAUAGUGGAGGCAAUGAUAGGGGUCGUGGAAACUUCAAUCAAUCUUUUGGUAGAUAUGGAAGAGGUCGUGGUAGAAGCAAUGCAGGACGAGGUGUUUCUGGAAACAGUAUUUGUACACAUUGUGGUAGAACUAACCACACGAUAGAAACAUGCUACCAAUUGCAUGGUUAUCCACAAGGUUUUCGAUCAAGGAAUACAGAUACUCAACACAACAGUAACAAUGUAGUUAAUGCUACUUCAGAUGAGAAGUCCUCAAAUGUGCAUAAUCAGCAAACUGAUGUUGUCACUCCACGAUUCUCUCAUGAGCAAUAUCAUCAGCUCAUAUCACUUCUUCAAAAUCUUGUGAAUCAACCCACACACGCUGCUAAUAUCUCACAUGUCUCUCACUCUAACACAAUUAAACCAUGUAUAUUGCAUGGUCAUUGGAUUAUUGACAUUGGGGCCACUGAUGACAUAUCCUACUUAAUUUCUAGUUUUUCUUCUAUUCACAAAAUUGAUAAUAUAGCCAUAGUGUUACCUGAUGGUUCUCGUGUUAUGUCAUCUCAUUCAGGUUCAGUAGUUCUCUCAUCCACACUCACUUUAUCAUAUGUAUUGUUUGUUCCCGAAUUUCGUGUGAAUCUGAUAUCUGUUACCAAGUUGGUCCCCUCCCAAGUGAUGAUUGGUACUGCUGAGGAGAAGAACGGCUUAUAUGUGAUAGUCCAUGAUAAAGGAACAUAUCAAAAUUCGUUAGCUUUUCUCUUUGAGCUUCGAGAGCUGAAUUCUUUAGCACCUAUAUAUACAUAG